GAAGAAGGGGCCGGGCUUCGAGCAACAGCGACGCAAGAUGGCAGCCACCACAGGCUCGGGAGUAAAAGUCCCUCGAAAUUUCUGACUGUUGGAAGAGCUGGAAGAAGGCCAGAAAGGGGUAGGCGACGGCACAGUUAGCUGGGGUCUAGAGGACGACGAAGACAUGACACUUACAAGAUGGACAGGGAUGAUAAUUGGGCCUCCAAGAACAAUUUAUGAAAACCGAAUAUACAGCCCUAAAAUAGAAUGUGGGCCUAAAUACCCAGAAGCACCCCCAUCUGUAAGAUUUGUAACAAAAGUCAACAUGAGCGGCGUGAGCAGUUCAAACGGAGUGGUGGAUCCAAGGGCCACGGCAGUGCUGGCCAAGUGGCAGAAUUCCCACAGCAUCAAAGUCAUCCUGCAGGAGCUUCGGCGCUUGAUGAUGUCAAAAGAGAACAUGAAGCUACCACAGCCGCCAGAAGGACAGUGUUACAGCAAUUAGUCACCAAGGCCCCGGCCUCCCCUCCCCAGUCCAACCUAAGUCUUCAUUUCCUACAGUAGUGAAUUUUCUAGAUUCAUCUUGUAGACCUCAAAGGACUGGAGAGAAAGCUCCACUGAGACUCCAUCCUGGAACA